AUGACCCGUACCGAAACAAACCGGAGCCGGAGCUCCAAUUCCAAUUCCGAGAAUUCCGGCGACGGUAACGGCGGAGGAGGUGAAAGAACCAACGCGAUGAGGGUUAUCGUUCCGUUACAAGGCGUUGUUCAAGGUCGUGGUGGUUUAGUCUUGGGCUCUGUAAUUCCUUGUGCUUUCUUCUACUUUCUCCAGUUUUACCUAAAACGUAAUCGGAAAAACGAUUCCGAUUCCGGUGACCAAAACUCCGCUUCGUCUUCAACGAAUUCGGAUUCUAAUUCCGGUUUGCCAGAUCGGACCCGGUCACAAUCCGCUGGUCAUCUCACGGAGCUUACUGGCUUACCUCGCUCUCUCUCUCGGAUUCUCCUCUCGCCGAGAAACUCCGUCUCGGUUUCGUCUCGAGCUAAUUGCGUAAUCAAAGGUGGAGAUUCGCCGUACUAUUUGGGUCAAAAACGGGUCAAGGAAGAUCCGUAUGAUGAGUCGGGUAACCCGGACGGAGUUAUCGAACUUGGUCUAGCUCAGAACAAUCAUAAGUUGAGCUUUGAGGAUGAUUUGGUUUCGGAGAAUCCAAAGGAAGAAGCAAUUUCAGAUGGAUUGAGUAUUAGUGGCAUUGCUUCUUAUGAGCCUUGUGAUGGACUUAUGGAACUGAAAAUGGCUGUGGCAGGAUUCAUGUCUGAAGCAACCAAAAACUCGGUUUCUUUCGAUCCAUCACAGUUGGUGUUAACCUCGGGUGCAGCGUCCGCGAUUGAGAUUCUUUCCUUCUGCUUAGCUGAUUCCGGAAACGCCUUUCUUGUUCCAACUCCGUGUUCCCCCGGAUAUGAUAGGGAUGUUAAAUGGCGAACAGGAGUGGAAAUUAUACACGUUCCUUGUAGAAGCGCGGAUAAUUUCAAUAUCUCCAUGGUCGUGCUUGAUCGAGCGUUCUAUCAAGCCAAGAAGCGUGGUGUUAGAAUCCGUGGCAUCAUAAUCUCUAACCCUUCAAAUCCCAUGGGAAGUUUAUUGAGCAGAGAGAAUCUCUAUGCUAUUUUGGACUUUGCCCGCGAGAGGAACAUUCAUAUAAUCUCAAACGAAAUCUUUGCUGGGUCAGUCCACGAAGAAGAAGGAGAGUUUGUUAGCAUGGCUGAAAUAGUUGACACAGAAGAGAAUAUCGACAGAGAAAGAGUUCAUAUCGUGUAUGACCUCUCGAAAGACUUAUCUUUCCCAGGACUUAGAUCCGCUGCUAUCUACUCAUCCAACGAGAGUGUUUUGUCCGCUUCAAGAAAGCUCACAACGCUCUCACCUGUCUCAUCUCCAACCCAACAUUUGCUCAUCUCCGCAAUCUCCAAUCCAAAGUUUGUUCAGAGAUUUGUGAAAACCAACAGGCAGAGAUUGCAGGGGGUCUACACAGAACUCGUGAAAGGAUUGAAAGAAUUAGGUAUCGAGUGCACGAGAAGCAAUGGAGGGUUCUUCUGUUGGGCAGAUAUGCAUGGAUUGAUUUCGGCUUACAGCGAAAAAGGCGAGAUUGAACUGUGGAACAAGCUCUUGAACAUUGGCAAGAUCAAUGUAAUACCAGGAUCUUGUUGUCAUUGUAUCGAACCAGGAUGGUUCCGGUUCUGUUUCAGUAAUUUGUCUGAGAGAGAUGUGCCUGUAGUACUGAACCGCAUUAGGAAAGUUUGUGAAACUUGUAAAUCUCAUAAUUGA